UUUAUUUUCAACGUUAUUAUUAUGCAUUCUUCCAUCUAUCCAUCCACUUUCGGUUUGCGUACAAAUUAAUAAUUACUACUAGUUUCUAUAUUUUUAAUAGUAAUAUUAUAAAAAUAUCUCAUGCUUUUGUAUUGAAGGAAAUGUUAUUUGUAGCAGGCAGAUUAAUUUGGGAGAAGCAUAUUUAUACAAUUUCAAUUUGGUGCGAGGUUUUGGACGCGGCUUAUUAAAAACCGACAGCAGUGAAAUAAUAACUGAAGAAAGUAAAUCCAACUCACCUCCCCCACUCUGUGUGUCGGACAUAAUCGGUAACGUGUAGAGAUCGACACACUAGAUUCAUUCGGAUCCACAUCCAUAUCCGUUUUUAUCUCAGGGAAUCGUACGAGCUCAACGUUGACGAAAGCAUCGAAACCUGUUAUUGAAUUUUUGUCAAAUUCCAAUUUCACAGUGUCACAAGGUCUCUUUCUCUUGAUUCUUCAAGUUUGCUUUUUUGUACGAUUGGAAUGAAUUCUGAGAUCUGAGCAUCACAUUUGGUAGAUAUUGUCGUCGAAGUUACUGAUUCAUGUUUCGUACUUCAUAUGCAACAAAAUUCCUCUAGAUCUGACAGUUAUGUGUUGGAUUAGAUAACUGUAUUGGUAUAUAAAAUAUCUGAGCUUUUGGUUGUUGAGUUACUUGAAAGUUGAUGUGUAUUAGCUGGAACCAACCAGGGUUGGUUUGUGUCCGUUUUCGACCUUUUAGUUGUCGAUUUUACUGCUAUGUAGUUAUGAUGGUAGUGUCUCUUUACUAAACCUUUGAACAAUGUCUCUUACAUGCUUUCUCAGAGAGAUCUUCUGACAGAUGUAGAGAGACAUUGUAACGAAUGGAUGAGUAAUGGCGCUAGCCGAAGCUAGGGCAGCUUGGCAGAGAACUGCCAACAGAUGCUUGGUUCAAGAAGAUGCAAAAAGGGCUCCCAAAUUGGCUUGCUGCUCAUCAGUGCCGCCUUCUGCUAAACACACUGAGACAGGGCCGCCGAAUGCCACUGGUGGCCAAGAUAUUCCUAACUCAAACCCCUUGCCGUUUCAUCGCACUCCUUCGUAUUCUAAUUUAUCCCCCAAUACAAAAUGGUGGUUGCAAACACAACCAAAUUAUGGAUGUCAGAGGGGUUUAACCGAGGAAAAGCUUAGUUGCCAGAAAGGUAGUAUCGAUGAUUGCCGAAUCCAUGAAAGCUCGGGAGACAUGUCAAGAGGCGAAGAUGAGUAUGAGGUUGUUGAUCAGUGCAAAACCAUUGUUACUUGUGACAAGAAAGGCAUCAAAGUUGAAGAGGAGAAGUUGAGGUCAAUCUAUCAUCAGAAUUGGCAAGAUCCUAUGAGGAUUGAAUUUGAAGAGGAUAUGGAAGAGCUAAGAGACAUGUUUAUUGUCAGCAGUGAAGGUUCCAAAAGUUCCGGUGACCUUUAUUUUGAUACGGAAUCGUCUUGGACUAGGACUGAGAAAAAUAUUCCGUGGUGGCGAACUGCAGAUACCGAGGAAUUGGCAUUCUUGGUCUCACAGAAAUCACUCGACCUUAUAGAGAAUUGUGACCUUCCCACUCCUCAUAAUGUUAAUGUGAAGAAAAAUCUGAGUUCGGAUUUAAGUUGUCUAAGUCAUAGUGAAAUUUCCACUUCGCUACCAGUUCAGAAGUUCGGAAUGAGGGAUGACCACUGUUCUGCUACUCGUGGUUCUUCUACGGCAGCAUCUGCAGGAAGUUAUAGCCGGAACUUUAGGAUGAUAACUGAUGAGCAUUUGUUACCUUCUGCAAAAAUUCAAUCAAGGGAUACACAUGAAAGGAAUCAAACUCAUACAGUUGAGGACGACAUGGGCAAGGCUCGACUAUUGGAAGCAUUACGCCAUUCUCAGACGCGUGCCAGAGAAGCCGAGACAGUGGCAAAGCAGGCUUGUGCUGAGAGAGAGCACGUCGUCAAGCUUGUAUUCAGGCAAGCACAGCAGCUCUUUGCCUAUAAACAGUGGGUCCAACUUCUGCAACUGGAGAACAUGUAUUUGCAACUCAAAAACAACAAAAUUCUGUCAGCAUCUCCCGAGAUAUCGCCUUGGAGUUGGACAGGUGCGAGAAGCAAGAAAGGUUGGAUGAAGUCUUGUAGAAAUCGGGGCAAGAGGAGUAGGCUGCGGCCAAGGCAUCGGGCUCGGUAUGAUGUUAGCAAGUAUGCAAUCGUGUUUGCAUUAGGUUUGGGGCUUGUUGGUGCUGGAUUACUAUUGGGAUGGACCAUUGGGUGGAUGCUACCAACAUGGUGAGAGAUGCUCUUUUUCAACUGCAUUUGCUCCUCUUGUAUAUAAAUAGGUAGACUAAUAUGUAAAUUUUAGAAAUUUAUUUCCAGACAGUUCAGCUUUGUGGAGUGAAACGUAAUUGUAUUUUGUGCAUGAUUGGUAUGUGAGUGGCAUUUUGAACAUAGGAGGAUAGCAGCUAUAGUGGUGUGUCUCUGUAUGUGUAAUGCGUUUACCUGUUUUGGUUGAAACAAAAAGGAAUAAUAUUUGAGCUCUGUGAAUAUUUUAUGUAGUAAUGAUUUAUAAAA